CUGAUUGUUGUGUCGGCGUCUAAAAUCCAGUGAAUAUACGAGAAAUACGUCGCCUCGGAGCCUUGGGUACUUGUGUUCGAGCUGUACAGAAAGGAGGAACAUUCGGGGUUGUCCAAUUGGAUCAGUAGCCCUUCCCUACCUCCUAUUUGUUAUACUUUUGCCUCUUAUAGAAUGCACUCUCUCUACUCCUCCAAUCGGAAAGUGAAGACCUCGAUUUUUGGAGAGGAACAGUGCUCUCCAAAAUUCAGGACUAACGUAUCAUUGGUCACGAAGUCGUAUAGCUCAGCCCGAGAAUUUCUGGAAUGACGUUGGGUAUAAGGGAGCUUGACUCGAACUGGCGUAGCGCGUAUUCCAUUUGUUAACAAAUUGUUAUUUCGUAAAGGCCGGAUCAACAUAAAAGACUACUCCUAAGAGUACUGCCGAAGGGUUUUGAGUGAUGCUAGCCGGGGUCUCGAACUCGAAUCCAGAGACAUGGUGGCUCGGCUCACUGGCCUGGUCCUCGGGAAGGGGAUUGGCAUUUGAAGAAGAAUUUGUGCCACCAUGGGUUGGAGGGAGAUGCAAAACUAAAUUAGACGCGCCGCUUGGCGAUUUGCAUGCUUGCAGUUCAUUUAUUGUCGGGCGUUCCUUUGAGGUUUCGAGGCAGCGCUGGCAGUCUUUGUCAAAAGUGGCACUGCCAAGGGCGGAAAUGAAGGGUCUUUUUGAAGGGCAACGUCAGGAACGUCUGGACGUCAGGGUACGUUACAGGGCGUUUCACUGAGCAUGCCUUUGGACUGGAUAGCGUGCCCAGAGGUAAAGGCGCGUAAAGAAGGCGUGGCGAAACCCGUUCACGUCUGUCGGGGAGG